AUGUUAUUCAAAUACUUGCGAAAAGCAACUCCAACGGAUUUCCUGACUUCGAAGGAUAUCUUUCACUACUUUGACUACGGAUUUCUCUGGAUGGGUUGGCAAACUCCCACAAAGUGCAGCUUUUUUUACUACAUUUUAUCAAUAUUUGUUUAUUUCUGGUGCAAUUGUUACAUACCGAUCGGUAUCAUAAUCAGUUUCCUUAUGGAAAUGGAAAACUUUAACACCAGUGACUUGCUCAGCGUUCUUCAACUGCUUUUCAAUUCAUUCGGAACGCCUAUUAAAAUCGUGUUUAUACGGAUGCAAAUCCGUCGAUUUCACAACGCCAGAGAGCUUCUAAGUAAAAUGGAUAACCGUUGUACUUCGAUUUCGGAAAAAUAUGAAGUCCAUCGAUGGGUGGUUAACUGCAACAAGGCCUACCUUAUCUACGAGUGUAUAUAUGUGGUAUACACCAUAUUCACAUUUUUAUCUACCGUCUUUUCGGGAGUUUUGCCAUGGGGCAUUUAUAAUCCCUUUAUAGAUUGGCGAGAAAGCAGAACGAAUUUCUGGAUAGCUGCCCUUCACGAAUUGUUUAUCAUGAUUUUUGCUGUUUCUAACACCGUUCUGACCGAUAUUUACACAUUGAUCUUCGGUUUCAUGUUACGUGUUCAUAUCAGACUUCUCAGAAUUAGAGUCGAGAAGCUGUGCACGAGUCCUGAUAAGAGCGACAAGGAAAAUCUGGAGGAUUUAAUUAACUGCAUCGAGGAUCACAAGCUCAUCAAAGAAUGUGCUCAGACUAUUCGGCCUAUUAUCAGCCGCACUAUUUUCGUUCAGUUUCUAUUGAUUGGAGCUUCUCUGGGUUUUUCCAUGAUAAAUCUGUUCUUGUUUGCUGAUUUUUGGACCGGUUUGGCCACUGUAGCUUAUAUAAAUGGCCUGAUUACUCAGACGUUUCCGUUCUGCUUUGUUUGUGACCUCAUCAAAUGGGAUUGCGAACUUCUGGAGGUAGCCAUAUUUCAUUCCAACUGGCUUGACAAAUCGCAAACUUACAAGUCGACAUUGAGAUUUUUCUUAAAAAACGCUCAAAAGUCUGUAGUUUUCUCGGCUGGCGCUGUUUUUCCCAUAUCCAUUAGCACAAACAUACAGGUGGCAAAAUUGGCAUUUUCCGUUUUCACUUUAGUGAAUCAAUUAUACACGGGAGACAGAAUGAAUUAA